UAGAGUCGCUGCAUUUCCGGAACAGUUUAUUUUCUCCUGCCCACUGACUUAAUUUGCUCUGCAGCUUUUAAUCACAAAUACAGACUAAGUCCUGAGUUCUCACAACAGUUUUUAAGAAUAAAGCAGAGACGAGGCUGCAUUUAGCCCAAACAUCUUUUCCCCAUGCUCCUAUCUCUUCACUAAAAAGCCUGUCAGUGUGAAAUAAUGUACAUGAACUUUAAUUCAAUCUACAUUCUUUACUAUUUUCUUUAUUUACAACUGCUUUGAUCUCUGUAAGGUUUAAAAAUGUCUUCAGUAAAAAAGAAAUGAAGAGUUCAUUUGCAAAAAACCAUAAACACCAAUCUGGAAGAAGUGUGUUGAGAGUUGUAAUGAAUACUUCAACAACUGUUGUGAGAUCCAACAUUUGUUUUCAUUAGGGCAGGGACUUUAAUGCGUUAAUUUGGAUGAAUUAAUUACAGAAAAAAUAACACAUUUAAUUGCACCUUUCUCAGUUGCCUAAUUUCGGGACACCAGUAACACUGAUGAACACUCCAGCCUGGUAAGUGGCAGGAAUGAACCUAGAGUCUGUUUUGCAGCUGCGAAGAAGAACCACAGGACGCACCAAGUGAAUCAGCGACAAGAAAGAUUGAUGAACAGUGAAGGAAGACGAGACCACAUUGAACUUGUUGAGCGGAAAGUUUUCUUUUAAACAUCUUCCCGAUGGCAGCUUGGAUAAAAGCGUGCUUGUGUGCAAAUUGUGAAACAAAGAGUUUUCUUAUCGCUGCAGCACUUAAAGCCGUCUGUGAAUGUAGUAGAGAGAUAAAAAAUGCAGAUAAAUAUAAAUGAAACAAACAUUUUGGUUGUUUAAGUUAUUACACUGUCUUUUAAUAACUUAAUUAAAAGACAGACAGAUUUUUAAAAGCAAAUUUAUGGAUAAAAAUUUAUAUUCUUGAAAAAAACAAACUCAAAAACACACCAUUUACUAGACCCAGAAACUAUGAAAAUAAAAUGAAUCUGUGCGGUGGAUUUUCAACUUUUUGAAGGUCCUUGAACUACUUAAUCUUAUGUUGUGUUGCCAUACAGUGGGAAAACCAAACUAAAUCUAGGCUUUAAAUCAUCAAAAUCACUUUUUCAUAUAUGUCCCGUUUUAAAACUUUUUAAAUUUGAAAUUAAAACCACGUAUAUGCCCAUUCAUUGAUCCAUCUGUCAACCAAAAUGUAUUUGAAUUUAAAAACUUUGCCUAAUAUCAAUAGAUAUUGCUAUUUAACAAAAAUGUGAUUAAUUGCUAUUAGUUUAUUACAAAGCCUGUAAUUAAUUUGAUUUUUUUUUUAUCGCCUCCUACCACUAGUUUUUAUGUAAAGGACGAUCUCUCCUAUUGAAAACUGCGGCUGAGCUGAUGUUUCUGGUCUGUAGGUUUCCCGUCAAAAGCCGACAACUCCUUUGAGCCAAUCAGCGCAGCGCAUUUAUAUCACGUGAUUCAAAGAUGGCGGCGCAUAAACACGCUACUCUUCGGGGUAAAAGGUUUCUAGACUGUUGGAUUUAAUCAAUUUAACCAUGGAGAACUUUGGCCAAACAGAAGAGGCUGUUGCUUUAACGGCAUCUGGACGCGAAAAGAAGAGGAAACCGGAUGAGUAUGCCCGUAACGCGGCGAAAAAAGCGCGGUACCGCGGAGGAGUACCGACAGUAGCCUGUUCGCAUAAUUUAGCUAACGUAUGCCAGGCGGCUAAGUUGUCUGGUGAGGAGGUAGCCUACAUUAACAGCGUCCUUUAUUCGACGACCGAUAAAGUUAAACAAGAUGCCACGCUGCUGUCUUACAUGGACAUCCUGCCAGUGAAACGUAGAAGACCCAAAGUGGACAAUCUAGCUGAACAAAAGACGAGGGAGCUGACUAUCAAGUACUUCGUCCUGACGGAGACGCAGGAGAAAAUCCAAGUCUGCAAACCGUCAUUUAUGAGCAUGUUUUGUGUUAAGAAGGAUCGCCUCAGCAACAUUGCAAAGUACUGGAUGCAGAAAGGAGUGCCAAUGCCAGAACUUCGUGGGGGUGCUCGCAAUACAGAGGAAAAAGCAGCCAAGAGAGAGGCCAUCAGACGUCACAUUCAAAAACUCACCUGUAGAGCGAGCCACUAUGUUUGCUGUGGUGCACCUGGCAGAAAGUAUCUUCCUGCCAAUUUGAAUGUGAAAAAGAUGCAUGAACUGUUCUGCCGUCAAAACAAGGAGCAGAUUUCAUACGCUGAAUAUUAUAGCGUAUUCAUGUAUGACUUUAACCUGGGUUUUGGACACCCAGCAAAAGAUGUUUGCAGCGCCUGCAUUAAAUUUCAGCUGAAACUAAAAGAACUCUCAGGUGAAGAGAAAUGCAGAGAAUCUGCCUUAUUUUUGUUUCGUAGGCAGAGAGGACGCCGAUUUUAUGAUAAGAUUGCUGAAUCUUUCACAAUUUUGUUUGAUAUGAUGCAGAAUAUGGUGCUGCCGAAGUCACCCAUUGGGCAAAUUUACUAUUCAAGACAGCUGUACCAGUGUGUUUUUGGUGUUUUUCUCCAUCACGGACGUAUUCACAAUCAGAGAAAAGAGGACAUUCAUCUCUAUUCAUGGUUAGAGAAUGAGAACAAGAAAUGUUAUCUAGGUAGAGUUACGGACAGUGACCUCUGUGAGUAUAAAGACCUGAGGCUUUUCUCAGAUUUCUGUGGGCAGAACAAGAACAUUAGUGUAGUAGCUAAAAUUUUUGCUCCGAGGAAGCAAAAAUACAUAGAACUAAGGAUGGAGUAAACUUAUCCAGUCCGUGGUUAUAGUUUCAUGCCCUCUGACCAUGUCUUUGGUCGUUUGGAGCAAGAGAUUAGGAAAUAGGACACUAUACUGCUGCCAUCGAAAUACCUGGAAAUUAUGCACAAACAUGGAAACGUACAUGUGUUCGGAAAACAUUCGCAGUGCUAUGACUUUAAAGCUGCUGCAGCUAAACACUGCUCCUCCACUCAAGCCUUUAAAAUUAGUGGUGACAAGGUAUUGGAAAUCAGCGGUGACAAGCUAGGCUUUAAGCAGCAAUACAGUGGUGACUUCUGUUCCAUGCUCUUUUUAAGCGUGGUAAGAAGUGGGAAACCUUCAAACCAGCUCUUGCUCCAGCAAUAAACUGUGUAAAGGAGGCAAAGAAGGCUGAAGUCCAAAACCUGCCAGGUUGAAGUUGGUAAAAUAGUCCGUACAUUCUAUGAGGAUGCCUUGACUGAUGAGGGACGUGAUGUUGGCAAGUUCAAAUGUGAAAAAAAUCUAUUUGUAAUAAAAUUAGAUUUUUUAAAUUA